UAUGAUUGUGGGUAUUGGUUAUGGUGGUGAAUUCGAUUGGAUUGGACGGGAAAAUAAUCAUUUGUAAAAACUGAUUGGCUCUAUUUAAAGGCGCCUUAAUUUUCAAUAUUCGGAUAGUUCUAAUUACUAUAAUAAUAUUUUUAUAAGCAACGAAGAUGUCCACCUCGCUGUUUUUCGUUAAUGCGGAUUCCAACGAGGAUAAAUCCGAUACGCAAUGCGUAGAUGAUCAAUCUCAAACCCAAAGCGAAGCACAACAAGCUUUAAAUCAAUUUUGGCCAAAGGUUAUGGAAGAAAUAAAGGCUAUUAAGAAUAUGGAUUUAAAGCAGCAAGUGUUGCCAUUAGCUCGUAUUAAAAAGAUAAUGAAACUAGACGAAGACGUUAAAAUGAUCAGUGCAGAAGCGCCCUUGUUGUUUGCGAAAGCUGCUGAAAUUUUUAUACAUGAAUUAACAUUAAGAGCUUGGAUACACACGGAAGAUAACAAACGAAGGACACUACAAAGGAACGAUAUAGCCAUGGCAAUUACUAAAUACGAUCAGUUCGAUUUCCUAAUCGACAUUGUCCCCAGAGAUGACAUAAAACCCACUAAAAUCAGGGAUGAGACCAGGACUGGUUCGAAUCCGGAUCAGGUGCAUUAUUACUUUCAACUUGCCCAACAGCAUCAUGCUAAUUUACAACAAAAUAAUACGUCGCCUACUUCGACCCCAAGCGGAAGCCAACCACAGCAAGGUACCAUUCAAAUAGUACAACCACAGCAAGUGCAGACAGUGCAAGUUAAUGCUAUCGAACAGACUGCUCAAAAUACUUCAUCUCCAACAAGCACCAGCCCAGCCCAAACACCAGUAAUUUUACAGCAAGGGCAAAUAGCACAGAAUCAAGGAAACGUGCAAAUAAUCCAACAAAUCGUCACGCCUACGGGAGAAAUACAACAAAUACCUAUUCAACUGACUCCGCAACAACUGCAAUUGAUUAAGAUGCAAUUGCAGGGCAAUUCAUCGCAACCUGUGAUAAUCCAAACUGCUCCGAUUGCUACCAGCCAGCAGUCCCAGUUAAUCCAGGUGGCUCAGCCGAGCGCGGGGGGACAGCAGGUAUUUUUGACGCAGGGCAGCAGUAGUUCGGAGAAUGAGUAAUGUUAAAAAUUUGAUUUUUUUAUUUAUACAUAAAAAAUAAUUUACAAGUAAGACUUUCAUUUACAAACUCAACGCAAUAAUGAUGUAAUAGGUUUGCAAUUUUUUUUACAUUUUCGAAUAUGAUACAAAUAUAAAUAAUUUCUAGCGUAUAUUUGAAUAUUGUUCCCAUUAUUCUUUUAUAGCUCUCUUUUAGGCAAUAAUAAAUUUAGGUAUUAAGGUACAUUUUAUCGCAGAACAGAUCACUUUAAGAUAACCAACAGGAACGUUAUUAAUAAACUGAUUAUAAUACAAUAAAUUAAUAAUUAAUACUGUCGAAAUUUAACUUAGUAUAUAAGUUAUGUACAAAAAUAUUACAAAAAAAAUCUUUUUAGCUUUAAAUUAAUUUGAAUUAAGUACACAAAUGAAAAUGAAAUUUAUCUUCUGAAGCCUGUUCGCAUACAUAUUUUUUGUUACUUAAAUACUAUCAACAUGAAUUUGGAGUAAGUAUCCAAAAAAGUAUAUUUUAUAUAAAAGACACUUUUUUAAGCAACAUUGUAAUGUGGUUUUAGAAUUUUGUACUAUAGAGUCAAUUGUUAGUUUCGACGGUUACAAUUUGUUUCAUAUAGCAAAAUAAACGGAUUUACAAAUUAAUCAGCAAGGUAAUAAAGAAAAAAGCUGGCGAAAACAACAAAAUUUUCUCCAUGCUGAAAUUACAGCACAUAAAAAUUUAGCUAUCAAUAAUUUAUUUUUUAUUACUUCACCAGCUCUCUCCCGUAUAUAUUCUACGCAUUCGUCAGAUAUGGAUACAAUUUCUGUGGGCAGUUAAAAACAUCUAUUUUUAGGCUAUCCAUCAAUUUUUCUCGACAAUAAAAUUUGAAGCGUCAACAAUAAAUUAGAACAUCUCUUGUAAAAUGUAUUUUUAAGGCAUUUUUUUAUAAAGGGUGUGAAGUUGGCACUUGGCAGUCUUUAUUUGGUGCGCCAAACUAUUAACGAUCAAAUGAAAUUUAUUGUACAUUUAAAAAUAUGUGAACUGAUGUAUUUGAUGAUAAUGCAUUCUAAGAAACUAUGCUUUAUUCUCUCCUAAAUACUUACAAAACAUGAAGCAUUUAGAAAGAAUAUGCCCGAAAUAAUAGUUGCAAUCAUACCUAUAAUUUGUGUAAAAAAUUAUUAUUAAAGUUAAAUGCACAGGGAAAGCAUUUUUUGCACAAUUAUCAUCAUACUUAUCAAAUUUACACAAGUUUUCGUACAUUUUAUAAACACUACCUACUUUCAUUAAUUACUUAUAGUUCAUUGGAUCCGAUUUAAAAACAUCACAAUAUAGAAAAGUCAAAAAGGCAAUGAUUUAACAGAUUAGUGCUAUAAACAAUUAACAACCUCAGUGUACAUUUACAUAUAAAAUUUACAUAAUUUACAAAUAUAUACGAGAAACUACAAAUUUUAAUAUUCUACGAUUAUUUAUACAGGGUUAAAAGACCAUCAAACACCCUGUAAAGAAACAAUAAUAGGGCACAUUUGCAGGCAAAAAGGCUCAACAAUUUAUAUUUUUUUUAGCCAAUAUCACAGCAAUUUGAAAACUUUCCACAUUGAAGCCUUUAAUUUAUUCGACAUUUACGAAGUAAUAAGACACUUUGUUUAAAUAAUGUUACUACAUAUGAUCAGUAUAACGAAACAGUCUACUUUUUACAUACAUUUUGGUAAUAGUUGUGAGGUAUAGAUUUUCCAAAGUUACUUCAAUACGAUAUAAAAAAUGCAAAUAUUCUUAACCAAUAAAAGUUAUAGUUUACCGAGUUGAUUUGAUAUUUAAGAAUUUCAGUAUGAAAAAAAAAAUAUUUCAGUGCUUUUAACAAAACUUGGUUAUACCUAAUCCUCAAGACAGUAUCAAAAACUCAACAAUACACAUUGUAAGGGCUAGAAAUGUAUACUUUUGAUUAAAAACAUCACUUACGUCCAAUUAGACGUAAGACAAAGAUCAAGACCUCGACCGUAAAUUAUAAGAUUUACUAUAACCCGGUCGAUCCGAUUCGAGAAAAUCGGAAUCCGAACUGGGUAUCUUCGACCUAAUCGCCAUAGCCGGAUGACAGCACUUGUAAUAGAUAAGUAAAAACGUUAUACCCAACAAAAACGUGACGAUCUGCCCGCCGGCGGCCCCGUAAUACAACACCGGGUUAUCACCGGAAUUAUUUGUGACGCACCACACGACCAACGCCGCCGUGUUUUCCAUAAAACAGACCAGAUAGUAGGCCAGAUAGACGUACCUCGUCUGUCCGUCCCGCGGCGAAAUGAACGCCAGCACGUACGCCAGGCCCAGGGCGGUCGACAGCAGCAAUUCCUCGCAUCUGUUACCGCACGCCGCCGUCUGGUGUUGCCCCAAAGCCAGCCACGUGGACAUUACGCCCCAAUGGAGGGCGCACACGCACCCCAUCCAUACCGGGAAUAUCGACGCCAGCAGGCUUAGAGCCAGGACUCUGGAUACUGGAACAGAACAGUGUGGGUUGUAGUAAAAAAAAAAUCGUUAGUUACAUGGUCUUAUUUAGUUGAUAAAUAUUAGCGUAGUUUGCAAUAAAUGUUAAUGAU